AUGUCUAAUAAUAUCGAAAUGCAGGAUACUGAAAAUACAGAUGAGUGGGUUACUUGGAUUGAAGAAGCUAUUGUUAAAGGAUAUUUUAAAAGUUAUGAAUACAAGCAUUUUAAUAAUACUCAAGUAAUUGGUUCUGGAGCAUUCGGAAAAGUUUAUCGUGCAAAUUGGAAAAAUUCGGAUCAAUUUAUAGCGUUGAAAUCUUUUUUUGAUCUUAACAACGUCACUGUAAAAGAAAUUGUACAUGAGCUUAAACUUCAAAGAGAAAUACAAUUUCAUGAUAAUAUUAUUAAUUUCUAUGGAGUUACAAAAUUUGAGUCAGACAAUCAAGAUGAUUUAUUAAUAAAAUAUUUAUUAGUCAUGGAAUAUGCCGAUUCUGGUACUCUUAAAGAUUAUUUAAAGAAAAACUUUGAUAAUCUCACCUGGGAUGAUAAAUAUAACUUGGCGUACCAGUUAGCUUGUGGCGUGUCGUGUUUACAUAAUGAAGGGAUCAUUCAUCGUGAUUUGCAUUCAGGUAAUAUAUUGGUUCAUAGAAACACAAUAAAGGUAGCCGAUUUCGGGUUGUCAAAAAGAAUUGGAUCAUCGUCCAAACAAUCAAAAUUAUUCGGAAUAAUUCCUUACGUUGAUCCAAAAAGAUUCGGUAAACGAAGAAAUAAUAAAAAUUCAACACAAUUAUCCUCAUUUAACGAAAAAAGCGAUGUUUACAGUGUUGGAGUACUGUUAUGGGAGAUAUCUAGCGGACAACCUCCCUUUUCUAAUGACGAAUAUGAUCUUGAUUUGGCUAUAGAAAUUAAAGAAGGUCUUAGAGAAGAUCCUAUUCCUGAUGCACCUGAAAAUUAUAUAAAACUUUAUACUGAUUGUUGGGAUGGUGAACCAGAUAAUCGUCCAACUAUUGACCAGGUGGUAGAAAGAUUAAAAGCAAUGAUUGCAAAAACAAGCAUGAUAACAGAAAAUCGCCAAAUUAAAUCAGAUCUUCAAUUAUCAGACGAGCAAGAUAUUAAUUCAACUAAUGUUAAUACUUCUUCAAGUGUUAGUAAUUCAUACCAUGGAGAUUUGUCUCAAAUUAUUCAAAAUUUUGAUAAAAUGAAUACAAAAGAAAUAAUAUCUUUAUCAGCAAAUGAACAAAUAAUUAAUGAAAAUAUUUUAUCUGAAAAGAAUUUAAGUAAAAUAAUUUAUGAAAUAGUAGAAUUUAUCUUUAAAUUAAUUAAUGAAGGGAAAAAUGCAUGUGGAUAUAUUUUAAAUUAUUUUGAUAGUCGUGAUAUAAAAUCGCAAGAAAUUUAUAAUUGGUUGAUAGAUAAUCAAAAUAAUUUGGAUUCUAUUUUCUUACUUGGAUACUUUAAUUAUUAUGGAAUUGAAAUUACUGAAAAUAAUAUUCAAGCAUUUAAUUUAUUUAUCAAAGCAUCAAAGCAAGACCAUAUAUUGGCACAAUAUUUUGUUGGAUUAUGUUAUCAAUUUGGUCAUGGGACUGGAAAAAAUGAAAAGCUAGCUUUUGAAUAUUUUGAAAAAUCAGCUAAUAAGGAUUUUGCGGAGGGAAUAUUUAAAAUUGGUUGUUUUUAUUAUUUUGGCGUAUGGGUUAAAAAAGACUUAGAAAAAGCUGCUUAUUUAUAUGAAAAAGCAGCAAAUUUAGGAAAUAACGUGGCUCAAAAAAAUCUUUCUAUAAUGUAUAUAAAUGGAGAAGGGGUUGAUAAAGAUCAUAACAAAGCUUUUAAAUUAUCAAAACAUUCAGCUGAAGGAGGAUGUAAGGAAGGAAUAAGUGGAUUAGGAUAUUGUUAUGAUAUUGGAAUUGGAACUAGUGUUAAUAAACAAAAAGCGUUUGAAUUAUAUCAAAAAGCAGCAGAUUUAGGAGAUAUGGAUGCUCAAAAUAACCUUGCUCUUAUGUAUGAAAUGGGGGGUGGAAUUGAGAAAGAUAUAAAUAAAGCAAUUUACUGGUUUGAAAAAUCUGCAAAACAAGGACAUCAAAAAGCUCAAAAUAGAUUGAAAACUUACAAAUUUAAUUCAUGUUAA